CGUCAUACUUAAUCCCUCCUAUCACCUCCACCCAUUUAAAGAUGGCUGACAACUCAGAACUAGAGAAAGCAAUUAUAGGGGACUUUAUUCCUUUAGCAAUGAUACAGGCAGCAGAGAAAGAAUACAAGAAGAAGAAUGAAGAAGGGAGUCUAACUGACCAAGACAGGUUCUCUUAUGCAUGGCAUUUGAUCAAGAGCAGAUAUAAAGAUGAUAUUAAGAAAGGAAUUUCAAUAAUGGGAGAGUUGUGUCAAGAUGGUACUGAUCAAAGAGACUAUCUUUAUUUCUUAGCACUCGCCUAUUACAAACUAGAGGAGUAUUCAGAAGCUGAACAAUGUAUUAACAGAGUACUUCACAUGGAGCCGAACAACAGUCAAGCAAAGGACCUUAAGAAACUUGUAUCAGGAAAAAUACAGCAAGAUAAUCUAAUUGCGGCAGGAGUGGUGGGCGGGGCAGCUCUGGUAGGAGCAGCUGCUGUUGGAACAUUAGCCGUUAUAGGAGGGGCUAUAGUCGCCAAAUUGAUCAGCAAAUGAUUUAUUAAUAUAUUGUUAAUGUAUUAUUAAUGUAUAAUUAAUUA